AUGUGGAGGUUUACAAACUCACCAGCUAAUUUCAUCGACAAUGAUUAUGAAGUGCUUGAGGUGCUAGUCAGCAAGGCAUUUUCCAAUAUGGGAGUCAAAAAACUCUUUACAAGGCAGGUAAUAGCAGGCUUGAACAUCUCAGCUGGAGAGGCACUGCUCAUCAAGUUUCCCAGUGCAUCAACACUCAUCCCGAUAAGCCGAAAGCCACAGACAGAGGACGACAAUCCUCCUGUUCUCGAACUGUACUGUCUCAUUCAUGGCGAUGGCACCAACCAUAUCUUUCUGGCCAAAAUUGCGAGUACAGAGUCUGUCGGCACCCUCAAGGAGAUCGUUAGGGAGAAGAAUAAGUUCGCUCUCGAACACAUGGACGCAAAGACCCUCACACUCUGGAAGGUUUCCAUCCCGGUCGAUGACAGUCUCAAGGAGAAUGUGAAGAAGUUUCCACCCAGCAAGUCCAUAUCAUCCACUAGUCAACGUCCCCUAUUAUAUAAAGGCGACUGUGUCGCUGAAGCCCGCAAGGCAUGGGGUUCAUCCAUUUCACAAGAGGCCCCUUCCUCAGGAGGCCUACCCAAAAAGUUUGUUGCCAUCCAGAAAAAGGACAAACCUGCGUUUGCGUUUAAUUGCCCCCCAACCGCUGCCGUGACGAUACCCAUCUCACUAUCUCAUCCCAUAUUCAGCCAGUUCCAAGAUGACUGUAAAACUUAUACACCCACCAAGGAAGACCAUGAUUUCGCUUUAAAGUUCUCCCAUUCUAUGUCAAAUAUUUACGCCAAUGAAGGGGACAGGGCUGACCAAGCUCGAAAAGAUUUCGCAAGCUAUGGUCCCGACUCGUUGCCCACCGGAAUUGGCAAGUAUUGGACUGAUGGAGAUCUUCGCUACAAGGGCUUUUGCUUUGCACUCAUCAAGGCCAAGGCAGAGCUUUCCACUGGCGGUGCUGAGCCUUUUUUCGAGGCUGCCUGGUACUAUAGUGCCUUCAUAAGGAACCACUUUGACGAAACCCAUUCGCGUCUCCCUUGCUUUAUCCUCUACCUUGCUGGUGCCCACAUUGGCUUUUCCGGCUCCAUCUUGACCAUUCACCCUCAUCUGGAGGUCCUAGCCCCCAAGUUGCUGCUCUUCUAUCAUGCAUCCAACGUUGAUAUGCGCAUGCAAGCUGCCCAUUUUUUUGGGGCAACAAAAAAUGCGAUUCUUGCAUUGAAUAGUCACUAUGAAUCCGAACCUCCACAUAUAACCUCUAACCCAAUCCUUACGUUUCUGUAUCCUACCAACUUUGAUUCCCUGCGCGGUACCACAAAGUAUGCAUUUGAAUACUCAUCGCAGCUUGACGAGAAGAGGCUCCUAUUUUCUGGCACUGUUGGUGAUGAGAAAAUAUUCACCCAUCGAUACUCCAAGGAUGCACAUCUUGCAUGCUUCUUGCUUGGUUGUGCACCUGCUUUGAAGUGGUAUCAGCACAUUGCGGGUGGAUGGUAUAUGGUUGUCAUGGCUUUAAUUGGGGAUGAUUAUCAUGAAUUGCAGCAUUCAGAGAUGAAAGCCUUGUUCAAAGCCGAAAUCAAAGAGAAGGUGAACAAAAAGCAUUUGUGCAUGGUGAUAUUCGAACCACCAAUGUCAUGGUGCGGAAAGAUGGUAAGCCUGGAAUUCUACUAGUCGACUUUGACUGGGCAGGCAAAAUUGAGGAAGUGCGAUAUCCAAU